GUCGGGCCGGGCUGGUUCGGGUGUGGCCGCCUGGCCGGGAGAGAGAGAGAGAGAGCGAGGGAGGGAGGGAGGCUGGCUGGCUGGCCCGCCCGCCCGCUCUCCCCCUCGCUCGCCCGCCCAGUCAGUCAGUCUCGGGCGGGCGCCAUUUUGUGUGGUGCAGCCUCCUCUCCUCUUCUCCCCGCGGCCCGCCCGGCCCUCCCGAGCGCGGGGCUUCCAGGCUCGCCCCCCAGUGACUGUGCCCCGCUCGCUGCUCGCCCGCCCUGGCCCCCAGCAUGGCCGUGGAGAGCCCCAGCGGGCCCCCGCCCAGCAGCCCGCACGCCAGCCCCCCGUCCCCCGGCGGCAGCGGCAGCAGCGGCCCCCUCCCGCUCCCCCCGGCCCACCCGCCGCCGCCGCCGCCGCCGCAGCUCCCCGGGGGGGCCGCCGGCGGCUCUCCCCCCUCCCCGUGCCCCCCCCUCUCCUCCUCCUCCUCCAGCAGCGCCCGGCCGCCCCCGCAGCAGCCGCCUCCGCCGCAGCACCACCAACACCACCAUCACCACCACCGGCCCGGCCCGGACGAAAGGGAGGAUGGAGAACUGGAAGAAGGGGAGCUGGAAGAUGAUGGAGGUGAGGAGCCCCACGAGGCUUCAGAGUCGCACGAGAGGAGUCGGAAGGAAAAGAAUGAGAAGCAUCACAGUGACUCGGAUGAAGAGAAAACUCACCGGAGGAAGAGGAAACGCCGGAAAGAGCGAGAGAAGGAGAAGCGGAGGUCGAAAAAGAAAAGGAAAUCCAAGCACAAGCGCCACGCCUCUUCCAGUGAUGAAUUCUCAGACUACAGUGAGGACUCCGACUUCAGCCCUGGCGAGAAGGGGCACCGCAAGUACAGGGAAUACAGCCCCCUCUACUCCUCAGCUCAUCAGCAGUACUCCUCCUCCUCCUCCUCUCACAGCGCCCCAAAGAAGGGGUACCCCAAAAUGGAGAGCAAGAGCUACCCCCUGUACGAGGACUACGAGAAUGAGGGCUACUGCGACUAUGAGGGGGAGGAUGACGGGGACCUGGGGAAGGAGGAGUACGAUGACUUCACCAAGGAGCUGAACCAGUACCGGAGGGCCAAGGAGGGGUCGCACCGGGGACGAGGGGGCCGUGGGCGAGGGCGAGGCUACCGCGGGCGUGGAAGAGGAGGGCUGAGAGGACGAGGCCUGGGCAGAGGCAGCCGCGGCAGGGGGAGAGGGGAGCAUCCUGAGGAAGAGGAAGAUCUGUAUGAGGAAGAAAUGGAGUACUGUGAAGGAGAAGAGCCUGCAGGCGAGGAGGAGUACGACGACUAUUCCAAAGAGCUGAACCAGUAUCGCAGGAGCAAGGAAGGGCGGGGGAGAGGUCUAGGUCGUGGCCGAGGCCGUGGCUCCAGAGGGCGAGGAGGCAAAGGGAUGGGCCGGGGAAGGGGCCGGGGGAGAGGAGGCGUGGGCAAAGGAGGAGGAGGAGGAGGAGGAGGGGGCAUGCAUGACGAGGACGACUACUUCGAGGACGACAUGGGGGAUGGAGGCGGUGGUGGGAAUUACAGGCGGAAUGACCACGAUAAAUCUCACCAGCAGUCGGAUAAGAAAGGGAAGGUGAUCUGCAAAUACUUCGUGGAGGGCAGAUGCACUUGGGGGGAGCACUGCAACUUCAGCCACGACAUUGAGCUACCAAAGAAGCGGGAGCUGUGCAAGUUCUACAUCACGGGUUACUGUGCUAGAGCUGAGAAUUGCCCUUAUAUGCAUGGGGACUUCCCUUGCAAGCUGUUCCAUACGACGGGGAAUUGCAUCAAUGGUGAUGACUGCAUGUUCUCCCAUGAGCCUCUCACUGACGAGACGCGGGAGCUUCUGGACAAGAUGUUGGCAGACGAUGCUGAAGCAGGAGCAGAAGAUGAGAAGGAGGUGGAAGAGCUAAAGAAGCAGGGAAUCAAUCCGUUACCGAAGCCCCCGCCCGGGGUGGGACUGCUGCCCACUCCCCCUCGGCCUCCAGGAGGGCCCCCGGCUCCCUCGUCUCCCAAUGGCCGCCCGAUGCCUGGAGGCCCGCCGGCUCCGCCCCCGCCCCCCCUGCCCCCUCCAGGGCCACCGCAGAUGCCGCCUCCCCCCCACGAGCCCCUCUCCCCUCAGCAGCUGUCGCAGGACAUGUACAAGAAGAUCCCUUCCCUCUUUGAGAUUGUGGUGAGGCCCACAGGGCAGCUGGCGGAGAAACUGGGCGUCAGGCAUCCAGGCCUGUCUCCUCCCCGGUUCCCUGGGCAUCCCGACAUGCCCCCGGACAUGCUUCCAGACAUGUGCCCUGACAUGCCGAUGGGUCCAGGGAUGAAUGCUGGGCCCCCAAUGGGCCCCGGGCCCCCAAUGAUGCCCUUUGGCCCUGAGGAGAUGUCUCCCGGCCCACCGACACAAGACUUCUAUGACAACUUCUACCCGCCGCCAGAAGGCAUGGAGAUGGACCCCAGCCUGAUGGGGGGGCCAGAAGGCUAUGGGAACUAUGAGGAGAUGGACGAGCUGUCCCGGGAGCCUGUCUUGCCUGAUCCCUCCAUGGAGCCGGAUUCCUUCUGUGAGGGGGGCGUCCCGAGACUCCAGAAGCCGCCCAGCAAUGUGCCUGAGUUCCUGCCUUCCACCCAGAGGGCCCUUUACCUCCGUAUUCAGCACAAGCAGCAGGAGGAGGAGGAGGAGGAGGAGGAGGCGGCGGCAGCGGCGGCGGAGAGGAGGGCACGCCGGCAGGCCGAGGGCUGCAGGCAGGAACGGGAGCAUGAGGAAGGUGAUCCUGGCAGUUGGUAUUCCAGCGAUGAGGAUGACGGCGGCAGCAGCGUCAGUUCCAUCCUGAAGACGCUCCGGCAGCAGAGUUCCAGCCGGCUCCACGAAGACCCAGCCAGCAGUGCUGGGCCUGUCUCGGGGCGGAGCGACCCUCGCCUCCAGAAGAGCCAGCCCUCAAGUGGCAGCCGCCCUGCUGACCCUCGCCUUUUGCGGGACCCCAGGCUUUCUCGGAACAUGGAGCCUUCUGGCCCGUCUGGGGCUGCGGACGUGGGGCCCACUGACCCGAGACUGGCCCGGCACAUUCCCCCGCCUGCCCCCAAGCCAGACCCUCUGCAUUCCAGCCCCACCAUUGGCCAGAAGGCUGCUCCAGUUCCUGACGAGGAAGAAGGGGAGAGGGCCCUGAGGGACAAGCCGGUCACGAUCCCUCUCGAUGCGCUGCCCGGUCAAUCCCUGAGGGACCCUCGCAGCCAGCUGCAGCAGUUCAGCCACAUCAAGAAAGACAUCGUCCUCCUCAAGCCCGCGUUUGCCCGCCUGGUCCUCUGGAGCCCCGAGGACCUGAUCCCCCUCCCUGUCCCCCCGCCGGAGCUUGUGCCUGUCCCAGCCGCUCUCCAGGCCCUGCCUGCGCUCGACCCCCGCCUGAACCGCCCACAGAACCCCAGCCUUUCUGACCCCAGGCAGCGGACUGCAGCCCCCGCAGAACCCCCCGCGGCCAGUUCUGGCUCCAGCCUCCCGGACUUUGAACUGCUGUCCCGGAUCCUGAAGACGGUCAGUGCAGCCGGCAGCCCUGGCCACCAGAGUGACAAGCCGAGCGACCCCCGGAUGCGGAAAGCCCCCACUGAUCCCAGGCUGCAAAAGGCAGCUGCCGAGCCAGCCUCCUCCAAGCCGGCCGACGGCAAUGCCUCGGCAGCCAGCCCGAGUGCCAGCUCUGAGGCGGCCCCCGGCAUAGCCCCCUAUGACCCCCGGCUGCUGACAGCAGGAGGGCUGAGCAGAGGCAGUGGCCAGAGCAGCGUCCUUAGCGGGAUCAGCCUCUACGACCCGAGGACUCCCGGCUCCGGCUUCAAGGCAGCUGAGCCCACCAGCGAGGGGAGCGUGGCCACCAAGGGCCCCGACGGUGGCAGCAGCAAGAGCGGCGGCGGCGGCAGAGGCAAGGAGCCCUUGUUUGUGCGCCGGUCGGCCCUGGAUCAGCCGGAGGCAGAGAAGCCCAGUGCCGAAUCUGCCACCGACAGGUACAACAGCUAUAACCGGCCACGGCCCAAGGCGGCUGCCGCUCCGGGGGCCGCCGCCAGUCCCGCUGCAGAGCCCGCCACGCAGCCUGGCGUCCACAACCUCCCUGUGCCCCCCGUCUAUGGCAUGGUCAAGCAGGCGGCGAAGUCUGGGGCAGGCAGCCCCUUUGGUGGGAGCAGCCCUACCCAAGAGGGCGAGCCCCAGGACGCCGGCUCCUUGAAAGACGUCUUCAAAGGGUUUGACCCCACAGCCUCCCCGUUCUGCCAGUAGUGUUGCAGACUGGCGCUGCGUGAGCCUCGGUCUCCGGGGGAAGCAGGCAGUGUUGGCCCCCCUUUUAAACCCAACCCCCCCCCUGCUUCCCUCGGCCGCAUCCCUUGUAUAUAAAUCCUUGUGGUUUCUCGCAGUGCUGUAGCCUGGCCUCUCCAAGCUGCAUCGUAAGCGAGUCAUCAGAGCAGGACUUGCCAGUAUUGUCCAGGUUCCUUGGCGGAUUUCUUUUGAGGGCCACCUGAAAUCACACCGUGUGGGGGGAGCACAAUCAUUCAGUUCCUUCAAAUCUUCAUCGACACGCUGGGCCAGCUAGUCCUGCCAGCCACGAGCCCUUUCUGGGCACAGUGGGCUCUGCCUGAAGCCUCCCCCCACCUGCUGCUCCUCUUCAUGUCUUGCCUGGGAUGGGGGGGGGGGCAGCGGAAGCCACGAAGUUCGGACCCGUUGCUUACAGGGGCAGAGCGGCCGGCCAGGCUGAUCUGUAGAAUAUGCGUAUGUUCAUUGCUGAACUAUAACAAAAGAAAUGUAUCAUAGCCUUUUAAAAGAAAUCUAGUGCAUUGAAAAUUACCAUGGAGAAGUAACCAUGUUGGAUUAUUUUUGUAAUUGUGUUGCAUUUUGUUUUAAGUACCUGUAUUUCUGCCAUGUUCUGGAGUUGCUGGAUUGUGGCAAGAUCCCAGCUGGGCUAGAACAGGGGGCUACGUCUGCCGGGUGGGAGGGCCUCUUAAAAAGCGAUGCGUUCUACCAAAAUAGAGUUUGUAGUAUUGAAAUUAAAUUAUUAACAUCCCUCUGAUUUCACUUGUGUGUGUUCUACGCUCUUCUAAUUAAGCUGGGAUUGUUAGUGUCCAGAAAUGGCCUUGCGAUUAUGUUGUCCCUGUCGAGAGCAGGGAGCCCCGCAGAGAGCGGCUUGUGGAGGCGGGCAGCCGGACAGGGCCCCGGGUUGCUGAGGAGCUCUCCCUUGGGUUGGGCCCUCCCCUGGGCGGCAGGAUGCCCUCAGCUGCCACCCUUGUUCCUCAUCCUGCCUUUUUGGCUUGCAGGUGCAGGAGCUUGGUGAGGGAGGGGGAGGAGGAGGAGGAGGAGAUGGGGCGGCUGUGUGAAGAAGUGUUUCCUGGCAAAAGUGUUAGCAGCUCUUUGCAAAGUCUUUCCAAAGUGGAAGGGAGGCGCUUUUGCCCUUGGUGCUCAAGAAUCCUGCCCAGUGUGUCUGCUCAGGGGCGUACGGAAAAGGCCACUGAGGAUUUGGUGAGGGAUCCCAGGGUUGGCCUGGCAGCCAAGCAGUUGUUGGAGGCGGCCCCCCAGGGUGCUGCUGAGGUGCUCUCAGGAGAGCUGCCCCAGCGAAAGGAGCCCAGAGAGGUGAGAGAGCGAGCAUCUUCGCUGUGGAGCAGACAUGUCUGAUGACCUCAGGCGGCUGGGGGCUGUGCUGGAAGUGGAGGGACUCAUCCAGCUCAUCUGGUUUAGAAAGGGAUGCUGAGUGUGGCCCUCUGUCUUGACCGAUAUCCUGGCAGCCAAGCGGCAGUUGAAAAGAAGGAGCUGGGUGGUGGGUGGCCGCUGGAGAGGACCAUCGUGGGUGCCCAAGCAGAGAAUGUUUGGUUUUUAAAGGGGCCGAAGCACUCGGAAGACUAGUCUCUCCCCGCUUUCCUGCGCCUCUGCAAAUCCUCCUGUUUCAGGCACAUCGACUGAUGUGGCUUGUUUCUUGCCUGUAUUGUAGAAACUGGUUUAAGAUGGGGUCGCAAGCACGGCACCUGGCUCCAAAUGUAACCACUUUUCUUGAUGGGGAGCUAUCAAGACAGUUCAGCCAAUUGCCUACAACUAUUUCCUUGGCGUAGCUCCUCUUCAGUUCUGGGGGGGGGCGGGAAUCGGGACCUAGAGCAGAACUCCCAGCCACCUCUCAGCACGAUCAUCUCCAGGGCUCUUUGGUAAAGCAGAGACUCUUAAACUGGCCUCCGUUUGUGGGUGUCACGGUGACAAAAGACACUUAGUGAAGACUCCUGUCCCUUGCUUAGCUAGAGAUGCUCGGAGCCCUUUGCAGAGCAAGACACAAAGCCCCUUCAGUCAACUGCCAAUGGCAAGAACUGAAACCUUUGCUAACUGAUGAAGUUGGUCCUCUGCCAGAGCAUUAUAAAAAUGCAAAAAAAAUAAAUAAAAAUUGUAAAUAUUUGAGAAGAGGUUUGUAUAUAUUGUACUGUUAUUUUUACAGUGAAUUUUUGGUUGUUGCAUGGCUCUGUUUACUUUCUUUUUUUUAUCAUCACACAUUUGUCUUCCAACAAUGUCAUCCAGACUCAAGUCUCCUAUCAUUGUACUGCUGACAUUAAAUGAUGCCGUGAUUUUAAAGGUG